AUGUGCUUGCUGGGACCGGAGGGUAGCAAUGCCGCUUGGCUGGCGGCAGCUUUGUCGCGCCUGGGCACCAGCGAUACCAUGUCGGCCCUGACUGCCAAUUUAUGCGCUGCCGUGGCGGCGCAUGUUAAGCGGCGCUUUGUCCUCGAUGCUCACGUAACGGCGGCGCUGGUACCACCAGGUCCCGAUGUGCCGCUCGCGCUGCUGCUGCAGCCCUCCGCAGCCGCCACCGCGGCAGCCGCCAGCAAUGGCAACGUCAGCAACCUCGGGGCCCACUCUAGUUUGAGCCUGACCGCGGUUGGCGGUGCGCAUGCGGGCGUGGGAAUAAACCCAACGCGGUCGGGGGAAGGCCUUGCAGGGGGAGGGUUCCCGGCCAACGGUGCUGCAGUCGGUGCCAAGUUGGUGUGCCGAUCACCUGCUGCUGCUGGCGGCCGGUCCAGCUCCGUAAACGUUGCGUUGUUUGCACAACAGCAACUCGGCACAACGCCUCCGUCAGCGCAAUCACAACAGGACCUGGGCGGCCUGUCGGCAGCUAUGUCGAAACGGCGUCUACGGCCCGUGGGAGGGACGCCGACGAGUAGCUUACUGAGGGACCCGGCGGCGCUCAUAUGUGCGCGGUUCUCCUUGGAUCUUUCCCCACGCACCCGUGCUGCCGGCUCGAUCGACAUUCCUCGCAGCCCCUCUCUUGGGCCCACAGCAAGCAGUCGUUCCAUCGUCAUUCCCCUCAACAACCCGCAUCAUCCCCAACCGAAUAAGCCAAGCCAGGCAGAUGGCAGUCCCUACACCGCAGCGGCUGCAGCGGCCGCUGCCAUGUGCUCCCCCUGCACGCCCACGCUCCACGCCAAAGCAUUCCCUCUUCAGCGCACCCUGCUGCAGGCGCACCUCCAGCACCUCCAGCGGCAGGCCCGACUGCGGUCGGGUCGCCAACAGCCGUCGUCACACGUCUUGAACCCACGCGUAUUGGCCUCAUCGGAGGCUACGGUUGGUGAACAGGUGGCAACGGUGGGGUCGGUGGCUGCGGUCUCCGCACCCAGCGCUACUGCCGUCAUCGAGGACACGCAGCUGCACGUGCAAAAUGUACAUAAGCCUUCAGGGGACGUAUGCAUGUUGAUGGGCCUUACGCGCAAAACGGCCAACGGAAUGCUGGGCGGAGGAGGUGGGCUCAGUGGUAUGGGGGUUCUUGCCAGCAGCCACGGCCCGCCAUGGGCCACCGCAACGGGGAUGUCACUGGUGCUGCUGGUGGCGCCUCUAGGCGAGGAGGGUGCUGCGCUGGGUCUGUACCUGUGCUUCCCAAAGCGCCUGCCAGGGCUGCUUCUGGAGGCUGUGAGGGGCAGUUGCCAGGAGCUGAUGGACAAGGCCCUGGCGCCGGUAAUCCGCACAAAGUUGAAGGGCGCCGCCAUCGCGCCUGAGUUUGAAACGCUGUGCAGCGCAAGCCCUGGGUCCUAUGCUGUCGUACGCAGCCCGAGCUUCUGCGGCUCCCAGGCUCCUGCAGCGCUGAGUGCCGCCUGCAUGUCCACUGUGACGGGCAGCGAUUUGGGGCCAGCUGUCGGAGGCCCCGAGGCGGCUGCUGCGGCGGGGGCCAGUCCGUCGGAGCUGCUCAGUGGCGAGCUAUCCACGGCCGACAUGGAGGUGCUGCUUGCGCUGCAGGCACAGGCGCAGGCUGGUGGUUCUGUCAGCGCCGGCCGCCGCUCCGGACAGGAUCGCACACUCGCGGCCACAAGCUCCACCCAACGAGGUUCCACAGCCGCUUGCAUGAUUGGGGGCGGCGGUUCCCCCGGCGCUAUCGCCAUGGCCGGCCGCGCCGCCGUUGCACCGCACCACUCUGCGUCGCCGCUAUCAGUCCGCUGUACUGGAACAACUGAAAGGCGCGCCCUUACUGCCUCGGGCCUGGGGCCUUUAGGCACCGCCGGAGGCGGCGGCGGUGCCGUCGCCACUGCUGGAGCCGAGUGCGUGGAGCCGCUUAGUCUGAGCCAGCUGCUGCAGUCCAACCCCAACGACGUACUGGCGGGGUUCUCACACCAGGCGCCGCCACUGCGUACAGGCUCCUCUCGCAGCCUGGUGGGUUUGGAGAAUGGUGGCGCUGGUUGCGGCGGUGGCGGCCUGUUCACUACGGCGCACAUCAUUACAGUGUCAGCUGUGGACAACGCCGCGACGGCGAGGCAGCAGCUAGACUUGCUUGUCAGCAGCAUCUAUGCCACAAUCAACACGGAUCAUGCUGCCGGCGGCACCAGCAGCUCCCCUAUGGACGACCUGGACGCCCUAGAGCUGGGGGAUGUGUUGGGUCAGGGCGGUGGCGGCACCGUAUUCAAGGGGAAGCUGGGCACGCUGGAUGUCGCGGUCAAGCUGAUGGAGAUGCCGAAAGUGGAUCCCUCGGCUGACUCAGUAGCAGCUGCGCAGCGCAAGGGGACUGCUGCGCCGGCGGCGCAAGCAGGUACAGGUGGCGUUAACGGCGGCGGUGGUGGGAAAGGCGAGGACUCGGCGACAGCGGCGGCUGACAAGAUAUGCCUGAAUGCGCGGCGGGAGAUGCUGCGGAACGCCACCGAGCUUGCGGUGCAAAGCAGGGUCUCGCAUCCCAACAUAGUGCAGAUUUAUGCCACCUACAACGAUGUGGUGAUGGUGUCUAAAAAGGGGCCCCCUGGCUACCCCGGGAGCACCUGCCGCCUCUACCCAGCGGCACUUAAUUGCCCGGGGCCAAAUGAGGGGGACUCAAACGCCAAGGGUACGGCUACAGUGGAGGCUGGUCUGGGCGGGCCUGGCCGGCUAGAGAUGUGGAGGGCCGAUGUGGGGGUUUGGGAGUUUUUUUUGGCAAUUCGGCGGCGCCACGUACCCUGUGUGGCUGCCGCCUUCGAGUUGUGCGACUGCGGCUCCCUGGGCGGUGCUCUGUCCGCCCGCACCUUCCCUAAGGCCGUGUACCGGGAGCGGGAUGCAGACGGAGCCAUUCCCCUGAGGGCCCAGUUCAUGGUGGACAUGAAGGGUGUGUACAUGACCCUGUUGGAUGUGGCCCUGGCUCUGAGACACCUACAUUCACUGCACCUGGUGCACAGAGACGUGAAGCCCGCCAACCUGCUUCUCAAGUCCAACCCGCGAGACCCCCGCGGCUUCACGGUGAAGCUCGCGGACUUUGGGUUCGUGCUGCAUCUCAACGAGACUGCCGAGGACGGCUCUCGAUACGCCAUUGCGGAUCAGGCUUGUGGAACGGUGACCCACAUGGCUCCCGAGGCGCUUCUAGCAAGCAUCCUUAUGUGGGAGAUGUUCUCGGGCGGCGUGCGGCCCUAUCCCCGUCUGCAGCCCGACAAGAUCCCCCGUGCCGUGUAUCGUGGUGCACGACCCACCUUUUCGGAUGACAUCCCUGCGGCAUACAGGAACCUGGCUCUGGCCUGUUGGAGCACGGACCCGCACCGGCGGCCUAGGGCGUCAGAUGUGGUGGUCCUGUUGAAUGGGUUGCUGCUGGAGCUGGAGUAG